GUGAUCGUGUAACGUGCGAUCGUGUAUGGUGUGAAUGAAUGGUGUACGACAUUUGAUUGGUUGAAACCGAAGUUCGUUUUAUUUUAAUUUUUCGGAUUGUAAACAUAAACAAAGAUGGCGAUAGAGCGCGUAAGACGAUUAUCUAUACAAGUAAGACAUUUAAUUUUGCAAUGCGCAGCAGCACUUUUGUCAACAGUAAAAAUUCAACGUGUUUUGGAAAAAACUCAUAACAUUAAGACAUCUAGACAAGCAAUACGGAAGUUUCUAGAUAGAUUCAAGCGGUCAGGAUCAGUUACAGACCUUCCAAAGCGUCGCCGGAAUGGAAAUAUAACUAAUUUCCAUAGACAGAUGAUGAAUUUGUGGUUGUCCAAAAAUUGUGAACUAACAUCAAGAGCGUUGAGGGACAAAAUAAUGGCUGUGUUUGGUCUAAAACUGUCAUCUAGUUGUGUCAGCAAAAUUAGAAGAAAGCUUGGUUGGACAACACAGAGAGUGAAGUAUUGCCAACUAAUCAGUCAUCAGAAUAAAUUGAAAAGGCUCCAGUGGUGUCUUGCUGCACUCGAACGAAAAGAUACAUUUGAAGAUGUUAUAUUCACGGACGAAUCUACAAUUGAGAUGAGCUCCAAUGGCAAAUUAUUCUUCUACCUGCCAUCAUCAAACCUACAACGCAUUCCAGCAAAAAGACAGAAGCCAAAACAUGCUUACAAGGUACAUAUUUGGGCAGGCAUUUCAUACAGAGGCCGAACUGAUUGCUGUGUGUUCACUGGAAUAAUGGAUUCCAUAACAUAUCAACAGAUUUUGGAGCGUAAUUUUCUACCAUUUGUUGCCAGAAAAUUUCCAGAUGGCUAUAGGCUAUACCAAGAUAAUGACAGCAAACAUAAGAGUAAGUCAAUUAAAAAUCAUGUCAAUAAAAUUUAG